AUGGACCCAGCCACGUCUUCUCAUCCAAGUCUCAACACCCAUAACGUCCGUGAGGAUGAGAUGGUGCCUUCCUCCGGUAGGAACUUCAGCCAACCUUUAGCGAUGUCCGGCCAGAGCAGUCAGAUCUCUCACAGAUAUCAAGCGGAAAACAAUCAAGUUUUAGAAGACUUCUAUCUGGACCGAAAACAAGUCUCGAAUUUGUUCCAGAUAUUCUUUGAAAAAUUCCAUCCAUUCUUGCCGAUUCUAAGCCAGGACUUGUCUCCGGACGAAUAUCAUGCCCGAUCGCCCCUGCUGUUUUGGAUGAUUAUUGCCAUUGCGGCAAGAAGUCACCCAAAAGAUGUAGGCGUUUACACGAACCUCAACCCUCCACUUAUGAAAUUGUUAUGGACCAAGGUCUCAGGUAUCCCACACUCCCAUUUGACAAUCCAGGCAAUCGUGCUCUUAUGCAUGUGGCCAUUUUCCACUCCAUCGAUGAUUACCGACCCUAGCUUUACGCUCAUUUCGAUUGCUAGAACCGCCUGCAUGCACAUUGGACUUCAUCGACCUGAAAUUCUGCAAGAUUUCAAUCGAAUCAAGUUUCGCGUGGAGCCCGAACAUGUAGAAGAAGCAGUCAAACUCUGGGCCGGUUGUUUCGUGGUAGCCGAGAGUAUAACAUCAAGUGAAGGCCAGGCCCCUCUUUUUAUGGCAGCUGACCCUGCCGUAAGUUUGGCUUGCGAACCGCAAAAUACUUAUAGCCUUCCUCAGGGUCUACAUAUCACUCUCAUCAUUCAACAAUUCCUAAACCGGGUCAAUUGCUUCAUGAUGACCGACACAAGGUUGUGUCCCAGGCAGCCAUCUGUAUACGAGGCUGGAACGCUUCUGGCUUCUUUUGAAGACGACCUGCAAAGGCUCGAGAGGGACUUUCAAGGCAAUAUAACAGAAACAGACGCUAUCUGGAUUUCGAGCGCAACCCUUCAGCUUCAAUCGUAUUACUUCCUCGAGCCUCUCCUUUCGACUUCUCGAAAACCCGGCCUCCUGAGAGCGUACCACACAGCUGUCAAGCUGAUCACACAAACCAACGAGGCCAUUAAAAUCGAUUGGUUCGGCCAGUCUGCCCCUCGAUAUUUUGGGCAAAUGCUGAAGCUGGCGGCCCUCGUGGUGAUGAAACUCGUGUUCUCUAGCUAUUCUCGAAUUCUUGAUUUUGAGACAGGGAAGAAUGCGUUCGACACCGCCCUUUCAAUCCAUCGUUUGAUGUCUGCCGAGAACAACGAUUUUCACGCCCGUAGCAGCAUAUUCCUGGCUCAUCUAUGGGGCAUUAAUCAAAAUUCCAGUCGUCUGAGACACGAUGAACCUACUUUGAGACUCAAUACAAGGCAUAGUGCAAGCCUUCUUCAUGAUUCGUUGUGGAUCUGGCGCGAUUUCUACUCGGAGAGAGCGAUAGAUACAGAACAACUUGGUCGACCACCUCGAGUUCUACCGUCCAUUAUUCAACAUUCACCAGUCACCGUGAUGGACACGCCGAGCGUGCGUGGCGAAGGAGGACGAGCUGAAAUUGGUGAUGCCUCGGAGAGCUCUCAAGAAGGGGCGCAGGUAGCCAAUAUCUCGGACCCACAGCACCUUAGCAAAGGAAUUGCGCUCUCCGACUUACAAGGACUACGUAGCACCACUAACCCCACCACUUCGACAGAUCCCAUGAACUUACCAGACCCAUUCGAUCCGAUGAGUGCAUAUUUGAUUCCUGAUCUGGAAGAUACCGGAAUGUUUUAUCCGGAUUGGACGUGGGAUGCCGGGUUUUCUUUGUCGUCUUGA